CACGGGGAAAUGUUUCAAAAUGGCGGAUGAAACCUAAAAACAAUUUUUAGUGAAUAAAAAAGGCCCUUUUCCGUCCAUAACGCCGAAAUUAAAAUUCAAAUGCUUAGAUUGAGGUAGGGUGUUAUGAAAAUAAGGACACAACUACACUGGCAUAAUGAGCGAUAAUUCAAGCACUGCCCAAACAUCACCACUCCCAAGACUACCUCCGAUCAUCUCGAAUGAGAGGGACCGAAUAUUCCUGAAAGAACUGAGUCAAUUUAUUGAAGAUGAGCUGAUACAAGUCAACACUGAUACUCCUGAACAGAGAUACAUCAUUCAUAGAGCUGCAUUUGAUAAGGUCAUAGAUCAUGUGACUGCAUACAAGCCUAUUUUGACAGCCAUCAAAGCAGAAUAUGAAGAAUGUAUUGAGACCAUUUUGAGGGGGAAGAGGGAGGCAUUCUACUUGAAUGGGAAACUAAAGGCUAUGGCAUCAGAGCCCAGCACAGUCAGGAAUUACAACAAAAGAACUGAAGAAUUAGAUGCAAGAAUAAAUGUUGUGCAUGACAACAAUGAUGAGCUACAAGCUGAGCUUGAUCAAUUACGUGCUGCAAGGAGGGCAAAGGAAGAGGCAAAAAAGGCUAAGGGACAGAUCCAGAAGACGGAGGUCAAGAUUGAUAAAAGACAACUACCAGGGUUAUCUAUGGAGCAGAGCACAGAUUUGAACAUCCUAUUAUCACAACUCUCAAAAGUAGAAAAACAACUGAGAGAACUAAAGGGAACCCAAAGGAAUCGAUUCCAGCCAAAGAAGGUCAAGGCCAUUCUAAAAGAACACUUAGUCAUGAAAGCGGACUUGAGAGAACAGUUGAUUAUUGAUGAGGAGACAAUAAAAGCGAGGGUCAUUAGGCUGAGGGUUGCCCUGGAAGCUGGACAGGCUUAUAAUAAAGUUCAGCCAUUUCAUCAGAGGAUCGGAGAGACGAUCAUUGCAGCCUUGAAGAGAUAUGAGAAAGGUCUGCCAAUAGAAAAUGAAAAAGGAGAAAUGCAGUUGGGUCAAAGAGAGACAACCGCCACAUCAUCCUAUGAGGAUGAUGAUCCAUCCAAAGAGAAGGAAGCUGAGCUGAUAAUGGAUUAUAUUGAUAUGUUUAAUGCCCUGUUUGAUGAUGAGAAGUAUGAAGCUGCUGCCAUCCAUGCUGCUAACAGUCCAAAGGGGAUUCUUAGAACAAUGGAUACUUUGAACAAAUUCAAAGGUGUUGCCACUCCCCGCGGUGAGAGGCAGCCAUUGUUGGCCUUCUGUGAUGCAGUGAUGUCUUCCGUCCUGGCACUAGGUGUCCUACCGAGUGAAACCAUGUCGUUAGAAUGUGUCAAGUGCGCCCUGGAGAACAGCAGGCUUGAUCUGCUCUCACACUGGAUAUCACAGGAAAGAUUGUGUAUGACAGAGCCCCUCGGUGACAUGAUCAAAGAGAUAUGCAAGUGCCGUAAACUCUGUUCAUGCAGUUGUCACGCUCUUGCCCAGAGGAUCUACACCGCAAUGUCAUCCCAUAAGAAAGUUGUGCAGUCUAUGCUGAAACAGGGGAGGGUCCACCAGGCACUAGAGUACGCCCAGCAGAAGGGGCAAUUCAAAGCAAACGAUUACAGCGACAUGUUGAGAGAAAGUCCAAGCCCUCAGUUGGCACAAGCUUUGUUGAAAUUUGAGGAGGAUUCUGGCGAGAGGUUGGUACCGUUGGGGAUGGCUGUAAAGACGUUGCUAGAUACUGAUCUGUACCAUGUGGGAUUCCAGAUUCUUGAGGAUACAGUACUUGCACCAAAUGGUACCGAGAGAAUUCAUCAGGAGAUGCUGGCCGACUCCUCAACAACGGAGCAAGAAUGGUUGGAGAUGAUCAAACUGUGUCAGGAGCAUGGACACGGUGAUGUCUCAAUAGAACUGUUGGCUGCUGUGACUGUUGUUAGUGCCAUGAAAACGGCAAAGGACAUCGUUAAGGCCCAGGAGGAGGAGGGAGUCCUGUAAUGGAUUAUACCUUUGGAAUCGUUGAAAUUAGUUACUUUUUCAAUUUUGGAGAAUUUAUGAAAAAUUAAAAACUGUUAAAAUAUUGGCUGCUCUUUGACUUUUGUUUAUAUUACCAUGGAGACAGUAAAAGACAAAAUGGACAGAGACAUUGAAUGGAUUCCUGUACCCCUUCUGUUGGUCUAUGUUUGGAAUGAAGGACAAUUGAUAACACUUGAAAAUGUUUAUAAAAAUGUAACCAUUUAAAACUCUUGGCUGCUGUUACUGUUGUAAGUGAUAUGAAAAUGACAUUUGGAUAUUGUUCAGUUGCAGGGUAGAGAAGGAAUUCAAUUACGGAUAAGUCCUUGAUGCUUGGUGUUUUUUUUGUUGAAAAUUUGAAUUAAUUCAAAUGUGAUGAGAUUAUUUCUCAAAUUUUUGUGUAUCUAGGGCAGUUACCAGUUGUGACUUGAGUACUCAUAUUCAAGGUGUUUUCAUGAAUUUUCUUGGAAAUCUGUUUGCAGUUUGAAGGUGAAACAAAUCUUCUUUAAUAGGAUGCUGUGAAUAAAUACUGCUGGAAAUUUACUGUUUUCUGUGUGAAGAAAUAUGUGGAGUAUUUCAGAGGAGUUUCUUCUGUAGGAGAAUUCUUCAGUCUUCACUAGUAUCAGUUGUGAUAAAAGGAUAUUUAAUUACAUGUACCUUUAUUUAGAUGUAAAUUGUAACAUUUUAUUU